AUGACUUCCGGUUCAUUAUUUUGCAACAUCGAACAAGCACCUAUCAUUGAGGCUGCUGCUCUUUUCGAUCAAUGUAAAACUGAUCCAUUCCCUUACAAAGUGAAUCUAACGCUUGGAGUCUUCCGAGACUUUGAUGAUAAAGCUGUCAAAAUCCCUGUUGUUAAAAAGUUGGAAAUCCUAAUGGCUAAUGAUGAUUCUCUCAACAAAGAUUACCUACCCAUAAUCGGAAGAGAGUCAUUUUGCAAUGCGGGAGUUCGUCUUCUACUUGGCAAUGAACAUCCUUCUUGGCUAUCUAAAAUGGCUAAUGGUGUUCAAACAAUCGGUGGUUCUGGAGCCGUUUUUCUAGCAGCUAGAUUCCUUAAUCGGUUCCUCGGUUACAAGACAGCUUAUAUUUCAAAGCCCAGUUGGCCUAGCCAUAUGGGUAUUUUCAGUAGUGAAGGUUAUACGGUCAAGGAAUAUCGCUAUUGGGACAGUGUUAAUCAAAGUCUAGAUAUUGAAGGACUGCUAUCGGAUCUUAAAGAUGCUGAGGAGAAUUGUGUCGUAGUCCUCCAUGCUUGUGCUCAUAACCCAACUGGAAUGGAUCUCACUGAAGACCAAUGGCUUAAAGUCCUCGACAUUGUUAAGGAACGAAAUCUCUUCCCGGUUUUCGACAUUGCUUACCAAGGUUUUGCUUCCGGAGAUUUGGACAAAGAUGCUUGGCCCAUUCGAGAGUUUUUGAAUCAUGGUUUGGAACUAUUCGCAGCCCAGUCGUUCUCCAAGAACUUUGGCCUUUAUAAUGAGCGUGUUGGAAACCUAGUUUUUGUAACUAAGGAUGCCGAAGCUACUGCUAGAGUGAAAUCCCAGCUUCUUGUACUUGUGAGAUAUGUUUGGUCGAAUCCUGCUAAUCACGGUUCCCAUAUCGUUAAUACCGUUCUAAACGAUCCGGAACUCUAUGAAGAGUGGAGACAGAACUUGUCUGAAAUGGUUCAACGUAUAAUCAAGACUCGGGCGCAAUUCCACGCCAAAAUGAAAGCGCUUGGCACUCCCGGGAAAUGGGACAAUGUGAUUACUCAACGUGGCAUGUUCUCAUACACUGGGCUUACUCGUGAGCAAACCAAUCACUUGCGAGAGAAGUACCACAUUUACCUCACUGGAGAUGGACGAAUGAAUAUGUGUGGUCUCAAUGCCUCCAAUAUGGACUAUGUGGUCAAUGCUUUCCAUGAAACUAUCACCGGUCAAUCUGCUGCAAACCCCACCACUACUAAUGGUUUCGGAGAUCACUGA